AUGAAAGGGCAAACGCUGUUGUUUAUCUCUCUGCUUUCGUUUGGCUCGGUAAUUGGGCAGGUCAGCUACACUAUACCAGAGGAAAUGGCGAAAGGCUCUUUAGUCGGUAAUAUAGCACAAGAUUUAGGUUUAGAGAUCAAACGUUUGAUUUCUGGUAAAGCGCGAAUUUAUACCCGAGACAGUGACGGGUACAUCGAGCUGAACAGAGAAAGAGGAGUCCUCCUUGUCAAGCAGAGAAUCGACAGAGAGGCGCUCUGCAGACAGACGACGCCGUGUGCUUUACAUUUUCAGAUUAUUUUAGAGAAUCCUAUGGAGUUUUACACUGUUACAAUCCAGAUUACUGACAUCAAUGAUAAUGCGCCAACCUUUGAAGAAGGGGAAAUCAAAUUCAAAAUUAGUGAGUCAGCGAUCACUGGGGCAAAAUUUGUGUUGGAAAGAGCUGUGGAUCUUGAUGUUGGAAUUAACGAUCUUCAAACCUACACAUUAAAACCAACAGAUAAUUUUGCUCUGAAACUGCACAAUAACGCUGAUGGAAAUAAAAACGUUGAGAUGGUGCUACAGAAGCCUUUAGACAGAGAGAAACAGGAGCAGAUAUCUCUUGUGUUAACGGCUGUAGAUGGAGGAGAGCCGCAGAUGUCAGGAACGAUGCUGAUUGUCAUCACAGUUUUAGACGUUAAUGAUAAUGCUCCUGUU